CACUGUCUCUGGAGAAGCCUGGGUGACACCAGGACUGCUGUCACCAGCAUUCUGCCCUGCAGGAGCUGUCCUGCUGCCAGGAGGUGGAGGGAGGCUGUGGCAGAGACACUGCUUGAGAAGUGUUGAGGAGGAGGAGAGGAGCAGAGGGGUUUUGCUGCAGGAAAAGCACCUGUUCCCCAGCUGCUGCAGUGCAGCAGAGCGAGGAUGCAGAAGUACCUGCUCUAUAACGCUGUGGAGCCAGACGAGCUCCCAAUCCUCAAGGAGCUCAGCACCAUAGACAUUUUCUUUCCAGAAAUCUGCAAAGUCUGGUCUGGAAUGUCUCGGCACAUCUACAGACAGCUCUUGAAGAAGAAGGCAGUGGAGAUUGGAAUUGGGAGUUUUGCGGUUAUCCCAUCACACGCCAAUGUGGCAGAGGGCAAGGUUUUGCCUGUUGAGAGACCUAUGUUCAUUAUGAGCAAGACUCUGAAGAUGUUUUACAACCUUGAGAGUGAUGAGACCAAAAUUCCUGAUGAGAUGCCUGUUGUUCAGCCAGACUUUGAAGAGAUCGCCGCAAAAACCCACUUUCGCCAGGAAGUUGUGGAGCAUUGUGUACAGCAGACCCUGCUUUACUUUGCUGAGGCCCUCCGAGACAACAAAGAGGUGGAGUUCACGUUCAGGAGCAUCGGUAUCCUGGCUGUGCGAGCAAAAGUGGUCAGCAUGAUCUUCUUCGACAGCUUCCUGCUGGAGAUGGAUACGACAGGAAACAUGCUGGAAGCCCUUCUCGAGGACCCCAACAUGAUGACCAUUGUUGCCUUUCCAGGCCAAAACAAGUUUAGUCGGGUCAGUCAAGAUGAGGUUGUCAUGCUGCCAAGUUUUGUAGCCGAGACCCCGCACCAGCCAUCGGCCCCGCCGGUUUCCCUGAAGCCCAGAAGAGAGUCGGCACCUUGGGGCGGGGGUUAUCGCAGAGUGAGUGUGCUGGACCCAGUGUUCCUGGCUCGGCGGAGGGUUUCUCAGGCCAGUCAGCAGUCAGUGGACGUGGAUCACACUAGAGACAAGGAAGCUGGCCAGGGCGGGUACCUGCCCGUGAUCCAUGAGAAGACCGAGAUGAUGCUGAAGCACCCCGCAUCUCCAGUUCAGCAGGGGUUGAAGGUCUCUGCAAGCACUUCCCGACGCCUAGAAGCGAGGAUGCAGCCCCUCUACACUGAGAAGGAGGAGAGAGAGCUGCAGCUGCUGCUGGCAUCCAAGCGCCGGGAGGUGGAAGCAGAAGUGUAUCACAAAUACUUUGGCAACCGAGCGACCACCGAGCGAGGACAGACCUCCUGCCCCUACGUGUUUGAGGAUCCCUACCGCCCUUCCCAUGUCUUGAGACAGGCCUACGCCGAGCGGCUGAGCGCCUCGGAGCGGCAGGCCGAGCCCCGGCUCUCACGGACAGCACUGGAAGACAAGGGCGUGCAGACGGCUCUGCUGGAGCGCUGAGGAGGAGGCACGGCAGCUGCCAGCCCUGCCAAGAAGCUGCAAGCAGCCCUGCAGAGACUCCCGUCACAGCGUUCGUCCUUUCCAGAAGGGAUCCAGGGGCAAAGAAUGCCUUAGCUAAGGAGAAUGUGCCAAAUAAAGGUCGCUGAGCUGCA